AUGACGAGAGUUAUCAGCUGUUCUGGAAACAGCUUGAAAAUUGAGAGAAGUUCUUUCGAACUGGGAGAACCAACUGUUCCAAGAAAGAGAAAGGUUGUCAGACGGAUUGAAGACGGACCGUCUGUUGCUGAUCAUUAUGAUUCUUCUAAAGACCAUUUCAGAGCGUGGUUUUCGUCACUGCGUCCAAUCCAUACAGCAGAGAAACAUCGCAGCAGCAGCUGGGGCAUUGACGAAGAGCCACUACUAGGAAACACAUCGGACAACUCUAAGGUGAUUUCUGACAGAAAUGAAAUAUUUCUAAAAACCGCAACAGCCACACUCUUUCCUGAUACUCUCACUGUCCAAACUAAGAUAUUUUUUUUUAUUCAUGUCACAAAACGAGCCUAUGCGUCUAACGCUAUUGAUGGAGACAACAGAAAGGGAAUGAGCGGUCGAGCUGAAGAAGAAUCAUUUAUGUGUGCAUUGACAUCUAAUAGGACAAGGAAACACCCAAUGAAGUACUUGAAAAUAGAAAUGAGAAGUGAAGAGUACAUUUCAUGUGUAAUGGUACAUUUGAGGGACGGCUUGACAAGACGAAUGUAUCAGGACGGAUUGACGAUCAGGGUCAGUAAGACGUCCGACGUCCAUUCUGCUACACCAUGUGGCGCUAGGGUAUACAAUGCCCGUCACGACGGACAGUCUCCAGUCUUUGUUUGCUUGAAACAAGCACGGUUCAUUUGGGUUGUCUUGGAAAACAGUUCGCAGCCUCUUCAAGUGUGCGAAGUUCAGGCAUACGGAGAUCCGAUGAAUUUGAAUGCUCCAGGCAUUACGUCAUUGUCAGACGGAUCGUAUGGCACAGGCGGUUUAACUGGAAAUUCCAGCAACGCUGUUGAUGGCGAUUCUGCUAUCGGUAAAUCAAUUGGCAGUUUUAGCAAUGUGAACGCAUAUCGAGCGAUCUGCGGGUUACCAUACAACGCAAGUCAAGGACAGUCACCAACUUUUGUAUGCAACAAACUUGGAAGCUACGUCUGGUUAACGUUAACAGCCAACCACCGCCUUGAAGUCUGUGAAGUUGAAGUCUACGCAGAUGUUCACUGCGUUGUUCCUGGUGUUCUUGCCAACGGCAACUACAGCAUUACAAAUGACUCUGUGGGUGGAUCUCUGUCAGUUGAAUGUGAUCAAGGGCUAAAGGCUCAACCAAUUACAUGUGAACGUAGUGGAAAUUGGAGCAGACCAUUGCCAACAUGCGAAGAGUUUUGUGAGCCUCCUAAACUCGCGAAUGGAUACCUUGAAUUUAUUGACAAAAAGGGAAUGCUUGGUGCUACAGUGCGGUAUCAUUGUAAUCUAGGCUUCCAGUUAUCUGACCAGAAAUUUAAAACAAGGAGAUGCCAAAAAAACAGAAAUUGGUCAGGAACGGCACCAACUUGCACUCCUGUCAACUGUGGAGCACCUACAGUUUCGAAGAACGGCUACUUUAGUGGACAGACGACAUACCAAUCUAUUAUCACAUUUGGUUGCAACGAUGGCUACUACAUUGUCGGUGCUAGGAAUGCCAGAUGUCUUUAUACCAAGUCGUGGAACAAGAAGGCACCAAAAUGUAUCUCGUUUUGUGAGCCUCCAGUACUAAGGAAUGGACGCCUUCAAUUUAGUGACAAUAAAGGAAAGCACGACGUUCGCAGUACAGUAACGUAUAGUUGUAAUCGAGGGUUUGAGUUAUCUGACAAAAUAAAAACAAGACGAUGCCUAGAAAGCAGACAAUGGUCAGGAACGGCACCAACUUGUACUCGUGUCGACUGCGUAGCACCUAGAGUUUCAGAGAACGGCUACUAUAAUGGACAGACCACCUACCAGUCUAUGAUCGAGUUUGGUUGCAACAAAGGUUAUUACAUAGACGGUGCUACAACGGCCAGAUGUCUUCAUACAAGAGAGUGGGACAACAAAGCGCCAAAGUGCCAAAGGGGAGACUGCGGGAGAGCUGAUCAAGUAGAAAACGGCUUUUGUAAAUAUACGCACAGUUAUAUGGACGGUGUAAGAGCGUGCGAAUGCAACUAUGGCUACAAGUUUUCUGAUUCUCUACAUCGACUCAAAUUUGCGUUUUGUAACAUCACAACAAAUGGCGCAAAAUGGAGCAACUCUCUUCCAGCAUGCAAAAAGAUAAUGUGUCCGCCAUUGAUCGAAGAUAAAUUAUCAAACGCAGAUUUGAACUACACUGGAAAUCAUUACAAAAACCUUUCGACUUAUAGUUGUCUAUCUGGCUAUAAACCAGUAACAGGUCACUUCGAGAGACGUUGCCAAUACAACGAAAUGUGGACAAACCAAUCACUGCAGUGUGCCAAAAAGACGUGCGGUCGUUUAGAAAAUCCUACAAAUGGCUUUGUAAUACACUUAGGACAAACAAAAGGUGAUGAGUACGGUAGCAAAGUCACUUACAUCUGUUCCAAAGGGUUCCAGCUCAAAGGGUCUAGGGAAAGAACAUGUAAUGCUUCCGGACUAUGGGACGGAGAAGAGCCAAUUUGCCAACGUAACAACUGCGAAUCACUUUCUUCGCCAAAUAACGGCAACGUUACAACUCAGGAGAUACACACUACUGUUAUAGCAACGUACUCUUGCAAGUCAGGAUAUCUAUUGAAAGACGGAGACAGUACUAGAAUUUGUUUGCCAAGUGGGCUGUGGAGUGGCACUCAUCCCUCAUGUGAAGCGUAUGCAUGCAGCUGCGAUUCUACUCAAUCCCGUCGAGAUGCUAACAAGAAACGACACGCUGUUGUUUUGUUGCAAAUAACAUCUUUACGCCAAGAAAGGAAAGGGCAAGUAUUAUACAAAGCUAAAGUAAAAAACGUCUGCCGCGCCAACAAUGCCAUAGCACGCAAGAUAAAGUCUGGAAAUUUGGCUUUGCUGGCCGUCACACAAAUAACUCAGCAUCAAACAUGCAGCUGCCCGGACUUUCAGAGAGAUGCCAUGUACACAGUAGCUGUCAACGUCAAUGGAAAAUACGGAAAGAGUUGGAAUCUAGAAGUUCCUCGAAACUUUUACGUUACAGAAUCAUCAGUAUGCUAACAACAAACUUGAUGUUUUGCUUCUGAUGUAAGUGAGUGUAUGGUUGGUCAUAAAAAGACGGAUUUAGAUUCCGCAAACUUUGUUGAAGUUAGAAACGGCUGU